UAUGCUCUCCAAUAGAAAUCACGAAAAAUAUAAUCACAACGGCUACUGUUACGUGAAGGACAGAGAUAGCGCGGAUGGACAUCUAAUAUUUUGGCGUUGUGAUGAGAGAGGAAACGGAUGUAAAGGCAGGAUUUGGACUACAUCGUGCCAGAAUAGGGAGUUUGUUCGAUUGGUCACCGAUCACAGUUGCUCAACAACUGGCGAUGCUGCGAAAGUUUCUGUACAACAAAUAUUGACAAGUGUUCGACAACGUGCUGCAACUACAAUGGAAAACCCAGCACAAAUUAGAAGCAAUGUUGUACAAGGAGCUUCUGCUGCUGUCUUAGGUUUUUGUUUUUUAAUUAGCGAAGUAAAGUUUCUGCCUCGGAUAGCGCCUGGGAUUUCACCACCAGACGUGGGCGAAACGUUUCGUUUCGUUUCGUUGUUUCGUAUGUUUCGUAUGAUUUUUACUGUUUCGUCUCGUUUCGUUACGAAACACUUUUAA